CAGCGGCUACGUCACGGCGUCGGGGCGGAAGAUGGUGCAGCUCGGGGCCGGCGGUUGCUGAGCGAACCCGGACGCGGCUGGACCCUGAGCUCCCCGCUCCGGCGCCCGCUGCGGGGCCGCGGCCAUGUCGCUGCUGCAGUCUGCGCUGGACUUCCUGGCAGGCCCGGGCUCUUUGGGCGGCGCUGCCGGCCGCGACCAGACGGACUUCGUGGGGCAGACCGUGGAGCUGGGCGAGCUGCGGCUGCGGGUGCGGCGGGUCCUGGCCGAGGGAGGGUUUGCAUUUGUAUAUGAAGCUCAAGACCUGGGAAGUGGCAGAGAGUAUGCCUUAAAGAGAUUACUGUCUAAUGAAGAAGAAAAGAACAGAGCCAUCAUCCAGGAAGUGUGUUUCAUGAAAAAACUUUCUGGCCAUCCCAAUAUUGUCCAGUUUUGUUCUGCAGCGUCCGUAGGGAAAGAGGAGUCAGACACUGGGCAGGCUGAGUUCCUGCUGCUCACCGAGCUCUGCAAAGGGCAGCUGGUGGAAUUUUUAAAGAAAAUGGAAUCUAGAGGGCCGCUCUCGUGCGAUACUGUUCUGAAGAUCUUCUACCAGACAUGCAGAGCGGUACAGCACAUGCACAGACAGAAGCCACCCAUCAUCCAUAGAGACCUCAAGGUGGAAAAUUUGUUGCUCAGUAACCAAGGGACCAUCAAGCUCUGUGACUUUGGCAGUGCCACGACUAUAUCGCAUUACCCUGACUACAGCUGGAGCGCCCAGCGGCGGGCCCUUGUAGAGGAUGAGAUCACCAGGAACACCACACCCAUGUAUAGGACGCCGGAGAUGGUGGACUUGUACUCGAACUUCCCAAUUGGCGAGAAGCAGGACAUCUGGGCCCUGGGCUGCAUCUUGUAUUUGCUGUGCUUCCGGCAGCAUCCUUUUGAGGAUGGAGCAAAACUUCGAAUAGUCAAUGGGAAGUUCUCAAUUCCCCCUAAUGACACCCGGUAUUCCGUCUUCCACGACCUCAUCCGUGCCACACUGAAGGUCAACCCCGAGGAGCGGCUCUCCAUCACAGAACUGGUCAACCAGCUGCAAGAGAUUGCGGCAGCCAGGAACGUCAACCCCAAGUCUCCCAUCACUGAGCUCCUCGAGCAGAAUGGAGGCUAUGGAAAUGCUGUCCCCUCCCGAGGGCCACCCCUUCCUGGGGGCUCCAGCAGUAGUGGUUACAGCGGAGGCCUGGCGCUUGCUGAGUAUGACCAGCCCUAUGGUGGGCUCCUGGACAUCCUGCGGGGGGGCACUGAGCGCCUCUUCACAAACAUCAAGGACACCUCCUCCAAGGUCAUCCAGUCCGUUGCCAAUUAUGCAAAGGGAGACUUGGACAUCUCUUACAUCACAUCCAGAAUUGCUGUGAUGUCAUUCCCAGCAGAAGGCGUGGAGUCAGCUAUAAAGAAUAACAUAGAAGACGUACGGUUGUUUCUGGACUCCAAGCACCCGGGACACUAUGCGGUCUACAACCUGUCCCCGAGAACGUACCGGUCCUCUAAGUUUCAUAACCGGGUCUCCGAGUGUGGCUGGGCGGCCAGGCGGGCCCCAAACCUUCGCAGCCUGUACAGCGUUUGCAGGAACAUGCAUUCGUGGCUCCGGCAAGACCACAAGAAUGUCUGCGUUGUGCACUGCAUGGACGGAAGAGCCGCGUCUGCUGUCGCCGUCUGCUCCUUCCUGUGCUUCUGCCGGCUCUUUACCACCGCGGAGGCUGCCGUGUACAUGUUCAGUAUGAAGCGCUGCCCGCCGGGCAUCUGGCCGUCCCACAAGAGGUACAUUGAGUACAUGUGUGACAUGGUGGCAGAAGAGCCCAUCACGCCCCACAGCAAGCCGAUCUUGGUGAAAGCCGUGGUCAUGACGCCCGUGCCACUGUUCAGCAAGCAGAGGAAUGGCUGCCGGCCCUUCUGCGAGGUCUAUGUGGGGGACGAGCGUGUGACCACCACAUCUCAGGAGUAUGACAAGAUGAGGGAUUUCAAAAUUGAGGAUGGCAAAGCAGUCAUCCCCCUGGGCAUAACUGUGCAAGGAGACGUGCUUAUUAUAAUCUACCACGCCAGGUCCACUCUGGGAGGAAGACUGCAGGCCAAGGUGGCAUCCAUGAAGAUGUUCCAGGUCCAGUUUCACACGGGCUUUGUGCCUCGGAAUGCAACGACUGUGAAAUUUGCCAAGUAUGACCUGGAUGCGUGUGACAUUCAGGAGAAAUACCCGGAUUUAUUCCAAGUGAACCUGGAGGUGGAGGUGGAGCCCAGAGACAGGCCCAGCCGGGAGGCUCCACCCUGGGAGAGCACCAGCAUGAGGGGACUGAACCCCAAAAUCCUGUUUUCCAGCCGGGAGGAGCAGCAAGACAUUCUCUCUAAAUUUGGGAAGCCAGAGCUCCCUAGGCAGCCUGGCUCCACCGCCCAGUAUGACGCUGAUGCCGGCUCUCUGGAUGCCGAGCCCACAGAGUCCGAUUCACCGCAGAGCAGCAGCACGGACAGCAGCCGCUUCCUCCACACGCUAGAUUGGCACGAGGAGAAGGACCCCGAGACGGGCCCCGAAGGUCGCUCUGCCAAGGAGAGUGCAUCAGCCCCGGCGGAGGAUGCAGCGGGCAGUGAGCCUUCUGAUGAGGAAGCAGUGACGCUCUCAGCAGAGAGCAGGGACGCAGCUGAGGAGGACACGCCGGGCCCGGCAGUGAGGGUGCAAGAGCGAGAGUUGAUUUUUGAUGCGGUCACACCGGCCACGCCGCAGGAGCCCACACUACAGGAAGACAGUGUUGAUCUCCUGGGGCUGAACUCCGAGGCGGGGUUGGCACCUCCCUCGCAGGCCUGCGGGGCAGCCUCCAGUACUGCGGACCUGCUCAGCUGCCUCCUGGGAGCCCCUGACACGGCUCCAGAAGUCCCCUCAGGCGAUUUGCUGGGUGGAGAGGCCCCCCUGCUCUUUGCAAGCCCAGCCCCUUCCUUGAGCGCACAGAGCCCACCCCAGGAAGGGCAGGCUACAGCUGCCGACCCGUUUGAUCCUCUCCUACUGCCAUCUGGUUCAAGCAGCCAGCCCUGCUCCAAGCCUGACCUCUUCGGUGAACUUCUUAAUUCGGAAUCUCCUGCCACGGCCCCCGCUUCCUUCCCGUCCACCCACAGCGCCCCACCCCCAGCCUGUAGCGCUGACUUCCUGCACCUGGGGGACCUACCGGUGGAGCCCGGCAAGAUGACAGCCUCGACCAGCCACCCAGAUCUACUGGGAGGCUGGGAGGACUGGGCCGAGGCGCCGACCCCCUCGACCGCUGCAGAAGGUCCCUUCUUCUCUCCAGGAGGCCAGCCUACCGCCCCUGGGCCCCCAGCUGGCUGGACCAAGUCUCAGAGCCUGGACCCGUUUGCAGACCUCGGUGACCUCAGUUCUGGCCUCCAAGGUGCACCUGCUGGAUUUGCCCCUGGGGGUUUCGGGCCCAAAACGGUCCCCCCUCCCACGGGCAGCAGCUCCUGGCAGCAGACAAGUCGGCCCCCAGCCCAGGGCACCCCACGGCCCCCCCAGGCCAAGCCACCCCUAAAAACUAGUGCACAGCCGAGGCCUAACUAUGCCGCCAACCUGAGUGUGAUCGGCAGCCGAGAGGAGAGGGGGGUCCGCGCCCCCAGCUUCGGUCAGAAGCCAAGAGUGUCCGAGAGCGACUUUGAGGACCUGCUGUCCGACCAGGGUUUCUCCUCCAAGGCUGACAGGAAGGGGCCGAGGACCAUGGCCGAGAUGCGGAGGCAGGAGCAGGCGCGGGACACCGACCCGCUCAAGCUGAAGCUCCUGGAGUGGACGGAGGGUAAGGAGAGGAAUAUCCGUGCACUGCUGUCCACCCUGCACACCGUGCUGUGGGACGGUGAGAGCCGCUGGACACCUGUGGGCAUGGCUGACCUGGUGAGCCCAGGGCAGGUGAAGAAACAUUACCGCCGGGCCGUGCUGGUGGUCCAUCCAGACAAGGCGGCAGGGCAGCCCUACGAGCAGUACGCUAAGAUGAUCUUCAUGGAGCUGAAUGAUGCGUGGGCCGAGUUCGAGAGCCAGGGCUCCCGGCCCCUCUUCUGAGGCCAUUGUGGUCGAGGCUGUGUGUGUGGCUCACGGAGCCAGAAGCUGCUGAGCUCACCCUCCAAGGUCCUGUCCGUGGCUGUCACGGCAUGGGCUGGUGUGGCCACCCCAGCUUGCUGUGCCCACCGUCCUCAGUGGACUAGAACAGACGCCGCUCCCCGGCAUGAGAAGAAAAAGCAUUCCAAAGCCUCUGAAUUUCCUUUUCUUUUUUGGUCCCAAAGGAAAUGUUGAUUAUGCUACCCCCAUAACUGUCACGGUUUGUGAUUCAUUUCGUUUUGUCCCGUGGCCAUUGCCUCGAGGGCACCUCUGCUUGCGGUAGAGUGUGCCGCUCAGCUCUCCCCUCGCCCCCCACAAGCCCGUGCGUGACACCCGCUAUGUGUGGUCAGCCUGGCCGCCACCUGUACAGAAUUAAACUAUUUUCUGAUGA